AUUGUGAUUGACAAAGCAUGCAGACCCAGGUCCAGGACUGGGAUGCAGGAGGUACUUUGCACGUCCUCUGAGACGAUAUUUUGCCAAUGCUACCCUUAGCGACCAAUUGUGCACGAUGUUGCAGCUUGCAAGGCUGGUUUGAUUCAGCGCUGGUGGACGGUUGCGGGCGGUGUUGGCCUGUGAAAGGCACAUCAGGCACUUUCCGUUUUGACUGGACCACAAGUCUGGGGAGCAGGGCGGACGAGACAAGAUGGCGGAGGAGUCAAAGUCCACGCUUUCGACAUUCCUUGAUAUGCUCCGUGAGGGCAGGUCAUUGGACGCGGCUCAGCAGUUUGGCGAGCUCGUUGGUCUGGUGUGCCCCUCUGGGAUGCGCAUGACGGAGCAACAGGAGCAGGCGCUGCAGCUGAAACCCACCCCACCCUACAAGAAGUUGCGGAAGCUGACGGAAAGCAGAGACGUCGUGGAGGGUCUUUUGUCCAUCCUUAGCCACGACGGCGAGGCGGCUUACCUGCUGCUCGACUCCAUCUGCCUUCUUUCAAGUGCUCCUGGCUUCGCAACUCGGAUUGGUGACUGCGGUCUGGCUGCCGCCCUCCUCGCUUGCGGCGGCUGGCUCUUCCCCCGCACUAGUUCUUCCCUCCAAAGCCCCGACCCGCGGCGAGCGCCCCCGCUCAGCCCCCUUGACGAAAAGCUCCUGCGAGCCGCAGGGGCCUUUGUGAAAAGCGUGACGCUUUGUGUGGACCGCAGCAAGCAAUUUUACGAAGAGGCGCUGGAGUUGGGCCUGUUGGACGCGAUCAUGGCCUUUUUCCCGUGGGGGGAUCCCCCUCGGGGCCGGCGCAACGCCGAGCGCAAUACCUUCGUUCUUCUCCUGGCUAAACACGUCGCGAAAGCGUUCAGGGGAUUCGUCGAUGAGCCCGGCAAGGAGCAGCGGCUGAUUGGUUGUAACGCGGAGCUCACAGCGUGGCUGGUGCGUUACGUCCACUUUUUGACGCGCACCGCAGAGGCGCUCGUGCCCAAGCCGGUGUACGAGCAAGAGCAUUCGGACAUCGGAACUGCGGCGCAGAAUGUCGUCGAGAUGUUUAACAGGGGCCGAAACUGUCAGCUUCUGCUAGACUACACACAGUUGGAGGAACUAGAGCGGGCGGUUAAUGCGCUUCUGCCCCACCUGGAAAUGGGCGCCAAGUUUCAGGUGGAGGGUUUCUUGAGCACCGUUCACGGCCUGCGGUGGGAUGUUCCGCUGGAGACAGAAGUCGCCAUAAGCGGUUUCGUUGACCUUAACGAAGAGCUCCAAUCUCUUGUGUCCCUCGUCUCUCAAGACCGCCGCGCAUUCUCUGCCCGCUUUGACGCCUUCUACAAAGGUUACAGAGUCCUAUCAACGGAGUCCUGUCCCCGUGGGUUAAUUUCCAAGGAACUCUUAGACGUUCUAACAACCGGGUCUGUGGAGCGGGUUAAGGCCCCGGGGCGACUCUCCGAGGAGUCUAUAGCAGUCCUCCGGUCGCUCAAGAAUGCUCUGCGAGUAGCCCUCGACGCAGGUUUCGAGCCCGAAGCGUUUGACGACGUGGCACUGCCGCUGGUGCGCCACGUGGAGCCUGCUCUAACUAAACUGGGCGGCAUGGCGUUCCAGCACCUUCUGGGGGGGCUGAUAGAGUGCUACAAAGGGGGGGGGGAGCGCACGCGGCCCGCGAAGCUGUGGGCGCCGCUCCUGAUCUCCGUCCUCGAACUGGAUAUCGACCAGACCGCGCUGCGCUUCGCGUGGCACUUUCUCGCGGUCCUAGUUGGCGCCUCCCAGGGUUUCGACAUUGCGCUGUUAAAGGCUAAGGGCGUAGAUGACGGACCGGACGAGCCCCCGGGGGAGUGUACCGGUCGCCCGCUUGCCCCCCCGGAAGAAAGGCGCGCGCUCGCGACCGACAUUGGCUCCAAGCUGCGCGCGCGGAUAUUCGCGCCCGCGUGGCGCGUCUACUCGCACCACGCUGACUUCGGCAUUUCGGACGGGGACCGCGUCGAGGACGUGUCCGGCGUCCUGCUCUGGUGCUGCGCGGAUUCCGGCCUGGUGGAGCGGAAACUGCUGCCCAAAGCGGGGCUCCUCGUCCGGAUCCUGGCGCUCGACUACGGCCGGCUGUCCGAACGGUGCAAUCGGGACGCCACGUCAGCGUUUGUGAGGGAUCCCUGGCCGGACAAGUGCCGCCCGCUGGCCGCGAUGCUGCGGCUGGGGUUUGAAAUAACUUUCGACAACCGUCACGCGAGAAAGGCGCUAGUGGAAGAUGUUUCGCGGAGCGGGGGGGUAGAAUUGUGCCGGGCGGUGGAGAGGGACGCGCGGAAACCGGGGGUUCUGCGGGCGGGGGCGGUGAAUGAGCCGGAUUUGGCGUGGGUGCCGAGUUUUCAGGCUUUAUGUGAGGAACUGUGGGCGGCGAUCGCGCUGCGGUUCGGGUUGAAGGAGUGCAGUAAUCCGGACUGUACGCAAAAUCUAUACGAGACCAAAAAGAAAGACUUCCAAAAGUGCAGCAAGUGCUUGCGCGUUCAGUACUGCAGCAAGGACUGUCAGACAAGUCACUGGAAGGCGAAGCACAGGCACGAGUGCCAGAGGGUUUCUGACGCUUCUCUAUGCGGAGUUACUUGAUGCGGUCAAGACUCCGGGGAGGUUCUAGUGGUCUGACGAUAGAUGCGAAGUGGACUCUUUGUUCACAGAAAGCGUGGUAACAUCAAGACUCAAUCAGGGGUUCCCACGGCGGCUAUGACGAUGCGUAUCUAUUCUACAUUACUGGUUGCUUAUUCUUGAUAAUCAGAACUCAGCAGGCUAUCGGGAUGUAUUUCUAUUAUUGUACAUUACUGUUUUGACUAUACUCAGUAAUUAGAAGUCCUCUUGUGCUGCUAUUGCGAUAUCUUUAGUUGUUGCAGUCAAUCCGUGUAGCAAGCGGCGAAGCGCAUUGAAAGCGAAGCGCAUUGAAAGUUGUUGCUCGAUAGACUUUAAUACCCG